UCUUUUUUAGAUUCUUUUCUUCUCCUUCUUUUUUCAUAGUCAAUUAUAUGUAGGUAUGUAUAUUAUUUUCAACACAUGGUCACGUUGGUACCAUCACCGGGAUGGGCCAAUGCCAUUUGUCAAGAAGAUUUCGACACUCUACCAGAAUUUCAGCAGCGAAAUCUUCCUUAAUGGUAGGGGAUUUAAUAAUGAAACGAAAUCCGUCUAUAUAAUAAACCGGUAUCCUCUUUUGAAUCAGUAAAGUGAUCCAACUCGUCUCGAAUCAAAUUUCUUCUUUACACUUUCAAAUUCUUUCAAAAAAGAACUCAUCAAAGAUGAAACUGAUCAUUACUUUCCUCAACGUUUUGGCUGUCACUCUCGCUUUUCCUCAGCAAGAAGUGGUGAUCGUGAAGGAGACACCAUCGGACAAUAUCGGUGUUGGUGGUUACAACUAUGGUUAUGAACUUUCAAAUGGUCAACAUCAUGAAGAAUCAGCCCAAUUAACGAAUGUUGGCACUGAAAAUGAAGCUCUUGCUGUUAGGGGUAGCUUCGGUUGGGUUGACCCAGUUACCAAUCAACGAUAUACCAUCAAUUACAUUGCCGAUGAGAAUGGUUUCCAUCCGCAGGGUGAACACCUUCCAUCGGUCUGAUUUUUCUUUUUAUUAUAAAUUAACAAAAUAUUUAAAUAAAAUUAUUUUAUAACAAAAUCAAAUGCACACACCUCAUUUUCAUUCUCUUCUUCGUUAUGUCAUAUAUUCUUCGUAAUAACUAAGGUUACUUUCUAAAUAGUAAAUCACUGUCGUAUGAUUUACGAUCGAAGAAAAUUAUGCUUUUGAUUCGAAGGAUUAUAGUCGACCGUGUUGUAUAGGAUGACACAUGUAACGUUCGUACUACUUAAAAGAACUAUCCUCCAACUGCUAAGCUAAGAAUGGUAUUUAAAUGUUAAUUGGUACAUCUUAUUAUUAUCAAUAUGUAUACAUUGAAAUUGACGAAAGUACUCGUAAAAUAUUUGAUGUAUAUUUGUACUUUAAAAAAAAAAAAAAAAAAAAAAAAAAAAAAAAAUGAAGAAACGUAAAAAAGAUUUUUUAAAAGGCAUGAAUAAACUCGUACGGAACAGGAGUUAUAUUGAUCGAUAUUUUCUACGAUGUACGUCAUGUGUUGACAAGUAUGAUAAAUUAUAAAGUAUGAAACUUACGAAAUGUGAUAUUUCUUUAUAAAUAUUAUAUACUUCUCAUUUUCACCUCUCUCUUUCUCUCUUAUAAUGCUCUUUACGUAACAAUCCACAUCUCAUGUUCAACAUAAUUUAUUCCUAUGUACGAUGUACAAUGUCAGCCGAUGAGUACAUAUUUUCAUUAAUUGGUACCUUUAAUAAUUAAUGUUCUUUCGUAAUAACGCUAGAACACAAAUGAUGACUAACAUUCGCUUUCUUACAACAAACGAUUGCGUUCGUACUUGAAGACGAGCCUCGAUCUAU